UUAUGGGCAUGGGAGCGUUUAUUACAUAUACGUCCUCAGCGAUUACUCCCACGUGCUCCUUUACAUAAUGUACAUCAAGAUGUCGGCCCAGUAGAUGAUGUACCACCUGCACCUGCACUAGUACAUGGUGUUGCACCACAUGUACCAGCACUUGAUAACCUAUCACCGGGGCCUCGUGGGAGUAGGUAA